AUGUUUAAAAUUAUUCAAAGAGCUUGUUUCAGAUAUUCAGCUGCCCCCACCAAGGCUGAGGCUGAAAUCAAAUCAGUUCCAGGUAUGAACAAUGGAGAGUGAUUUUAGGACACAAGCCUCCCUCUUUUGAAGAUACCGUGUAGGGGAAAUAUGCAGGAGUGUUAUUCUCAAUAGCAUCAUAAAGAGAGGCACUUCAUUUGGUGUUGUAGGACAUGAAAUACUUCAAGGAAUUGGCUGACAAGAGUCCAGUAUUUGCAGGCUUUUUGGUGAAUUCAGCCUACAAGAGAAAUCAAUAAAGAAAUGUGAUUCAAGCUCUCACAAAAGUAUAUGAAGCUAGUCAUAAUAAAAUAGGAAGGAUUUCAUGAGGUCACUCAGAAUUUGUUGAACUCCAUGAUUGAUAGCCAAAGAAUUUCUUAUUUAACCAAGACAGCCGAUAAAUAUAUCGAAUAUUAUAGAAUCUUUAAUAAGGAAGAAAAUAUCACAAUUAUUUCUGCUGAAAACUUAUCCGAAGAGCAAAGGUAAAAAUGUAAGGUUAUGUAAUUUUAGAACACAAGUGGUUUAGGCUUUGAAAGAAUCAAGUCCGAAUAUGCAAUUUUCAGUUCAAUACAAAGUCGAUCCAUCCAUUUUGGGAGGGUUACAAAUGUAUUCAGGAAACAAGUUCUUGGAUUGCUCUUUGUCAUCAAGAGUGACUAAAUUGAGAUCAGAAUUGUAAAAGUUGAGCAUCUGAGGAAGAAUAAGU